AUGGUUGCACGUCUGGUGAAGAUCGGUGGCGUUCUUAUCGUGACUGCUGGCAUCUUGACGGCAAUUCCUCUGCUUGUAUUGCUUGUCCGCGCGGAAGCAGUCCGCAGCUUGAAGGAGAUAGAACAUGUUAUCAUCUUCAUGCAGGAAAACAGGUCAUGGGAUACUUACUUCGGGACCAUGGCCGGGGCGAGAGGGUUUAAUGACCCGAACGUGCAAAUUAACCCGAAUGGUAAGCCGUUGUGGUACCAGCCCGUUGACCCGAGAAUGUCAAAGGACGCCAAAACGCUUCUGCCGUGGUAUUUAGGAUAUCUGGGGGGAAACUGGUCCAAGGCGAUCCAGUGCAUGUCUGCUGGAAGCAAUGGCUAUACGGAAAAUCAUGCCUCGAUCAAUCAUGGAUUGAAUGAUGGAUGGGUGCGAAAUAAUACACCGUGGAGCUGGGGCUAUCAUAAACGACAGGAUUUGCCUGUCCAGUUUGCCAUCGCAGACGCCUGGACUGUUGGCGAUAUGUAUCAAGAAUCUCAAAUCACGGCCACCAAUCCAAACCGAGUCACGUUGGUCAGUGGAAGUAUCAAUGCUCCUGGAAGUCCGCAAUCGCCUGACGAAGGAGGGGUAUAUAUAGAUAAUAACGUAAUACCAGGAUGCGAGGCGCCUAACCUCAACUGCUAUCCUCUCAAAUGGAAGACGGUCUUCGAACUGUACGAAGCGGCAGGUGUAUCUUGGCAGGUUUACCAGGGAGUGGAUAACUUCGAUGACAACCCCUUGGCCUGGUUUGAGCAGUUCCAGAAUGCGCCAUCAAGAUCGCCAUUAUCUCGGAAGGGAAUGGCGUAUUUGGGGCUGGAUGCUUUCUACAAGGCUGCCGCCGUCGGCUCUCUGCCCCAAGUUAGCUUUAUUGUCGGUCCACAGGAGUUGUCUGAACAUGCGCCAUAUUCUCCAUUGGAUGGAGGAUGGCUGCAACGCAAGAUCAUGGAAGCAGUGGUCAAGGGGCCUAAAUAUGGCUCAAGCCUGCUCAUGAUUAGUUACGAUGAAUCUGGGGGCUGGGGUGACCAUGUUCCCCCUUACCACUCCCCAGAGAACACUCCCGGCGAAUGGUUGCAAGAUCCGUACGGUCUUUUUGGAAACGUAUACACCGGACCUGGAGUUCGAGUUCCCUUCUACAUCAUUUCCCCAUGGACCCGUGGCGGGCGCGUUUUUACAGAACACGCAGACCACAAUUCUCAAAUCCUUUUCAUCGAAGAAUGGCUCAGCGCAAAGGGCUAUGAUAACAUCCGCACGGACGAGAUGGUCCACUGGAGGAGAAAAAACAUGGCUAAUCUAGUAAACUCACUGGAUUUCGAGAAUCCCGACCUCUCGAUGCCUAAUAUCCCAAAAACUGCUACUCCCCACCGUAACUCCCGCGGCGAAUGGGAUGGUUCCGCGUUUUGCGAAUCGCAGUUCCCGAAACCACGGCCGCCAGUCCCUUAUUCCUCCCAACCUCCCUCAAUGCCAAAUAUUGUCGAGGAGGGUUAUAAGAUAUGUACGGGGCAACUGACAGAGGGCCGUUAUCUUGUUUUUGAGAGCGAGAAUGGCUAUCUUCUUACCCACAGCCUUGCUGCACAAAACGGCACUGAUGGCUCAGCCAUGAUAUCGACGAUGUCAUCACAGCAAUCCUCUAGCCAGGGAAAUGAUCGGAAAUACAAAUACCGCCCUCGGAAUGCUCGGUGGAUAAUUCACUACUAUAACAAUAAUAAAACUGACAUUGGCACGAUUGCGACGAAUCAAAAGAGCCCAUUCUUGGUUUCUAGCUUUGAUAGGCGCGUCUGGCUGGGAGCAGGGGGCAGGCAGGUCCAUGAGCGGUCGAAGGCGGUGCCAGUGGAUAUUCAGUUUUCGCAAGGUAAAGGAACUCGAGAGAAGAGGGGAUAUGUGAUGAGGUUUAUGUCGGCGAAUGGCAAUGAAGGAACCGAUCCUAACGGAUUUAUCAGUGUUGAUGAUGAUGGAAAAGUCGUCGUUGGCAAAAAGGAAAAGAAGUAUAGGGUGGUGAGCGUAACGUAUUAUAAUUGA